UCCUACUCUUCGGCUGACCCCUAGUGGUUACGUGGAGCUGCUAGCCACGCAAGUCUGGGUCCUGCGAUCCACCGGGGUCCUUGUUGUCUGGUGUCAUUCCUAAGCGGCCUGUUCGCGCGAGAGUAGAUGGGCGGGUUUGGAGUCAGUCUCUGGUGAGGGGCUUGCACGGCAGUGAAUCGGAGCCCUGCUUAGGUACCCACCUAGGGUGCGUGGAGCCGCUCAGGCGAUCACCCGGACACCCGGUGACUGAAAAGCGCCGGAGCGCCUUGGAGAAGCCCGGACAGCCCCUUUCGCCCGCAGCCAGGCGCUAGGGUCUGGAGCUAAGGGAGAGACAGAUCGACUUCCAGUGCCUGGGCCACAGCGGCGGCCCUGGGAGCAGAGCUGCCACAUAGCCCCAUGAGCCCUUCGCCGGACGCUGAAGUACCAGCAUCUAGGGCCUCACCAGUCGACGUAUUGUCUGGGGCUGAACCCCAAGUCCUGACCUCGGCUCUAACCCACUGCCUGGGGGAAUCCAGGUGGAGCAACCCCAUUCCGUUAAAGAUGAAAGGCUGGGGUUGGCUGGCCCUGCUUCUGGGGGCCCUGCUGGGAACUGCCUGGGCUCGGAGGAGCCAGGAUCUACAUUGUGGAGCUUGCAGGGCUCUGGUGGAUGAACUGGAGUGGGAAAUUGCCCAGGUGGAUCCCAAGAAGACCAUUCAGAUGGGCUCUUUCCGAAUCAAUCCAGAUGGCAGCCAGUCAGUGGUGGAGGUGCCUUACGCCCGCUCAGAGGCCCACCUCACAGAGCUGCUAGAGGAAGUAUGUGACCGGAUGAAGGAGUAUGGGGAACAGAUUGACCCUUCCACCCACCGCAAGAAUUAUGUACGUGUAGUGAGCCGAAAUGGAGAAUCCAGUAAACUGGAUCUACAGGGCAUCCGAAUUGAUUCAGACAUCAGUGGCACCCUCAAAUUUGUGUGUGAGAGCAUUGUGGAGGAAUAUGAGGAUGAACUCAUAGAAUUCUUUUCCCGAGAGGCUGACAAUGUUAAAGACAAACUUUGUAGUAAGAGGACAGAUCUCUGUGACCAUGCCCUGCACAUAUCGCACGACGAGCUGUGAACCACUGGAGCGGCCUGAACUGAUGGAUCACCCCCAGGAGGGGAAAAGAUGGAGGGAUCAGCAAGAUCAUACAGGAAGGGGGAGAUGGAUGUGAUCAACUCAGCUGAGAAGUAAGGGCUUUUUCAGAUAGGGGGAAAUUAGGUAAGGAAUGUUAUUUAAUGAAAGGCCUUAUUUGAUGGCCUAAAUUUUUAAGAUUUGAUGCCAACAGCAGUACUAAAGUAUACCCUUUUCAUCUUCAUCACUGGCUAUUGUCAAUCUAGUCUGUAAGUCUGGCCUCACUUUCUGUAUGUAGAGAUUCUGUACUGUGGCAUAAGGAUGAAAACAAAGGAUAACUUCUUUGAGGAGUUUUUUAAAUACCCUUACUCUGGAGUUUGGCUGUCUUAGGGUUUGGAAUGGAACAUUUCUGUCCCAGGAAUGCCUCAGGGAGAGAACAACUGAA